CACUGCUGCCAAUUUAGCUUUUUCCCCGUCAAAUCUGGCUUUUUCCGAAGACCAAUUGCGGGAAAAAUUUGUGAAUUGCGGGAAGCGGGAAUUCCGGCUUUUUUAGAAAUGAAUUUCGCUUUUUUUCGGCUUUUUUUUAAUACUGCCACCAAUUUUAUGAAAACAAGGUUGCCACUUGUAAAAAAAAAGUUUGGUAUCAAAAUCUACCAUUUGCGAUCAAUUUUUGAAAUUUACCAGUUUUGAUAGAAAUAUACCAAAUGUAAAAGAGUGGCAUCUUUGUCAUACGUUUAUAUCGAUAUUCGACAAUAUCACCACCACUACUUUACGCAAAGUGUGUUCAAAGUGUGAUUUUUCAGCGACAAAAUUCAAAAUGGCAAAAGAAUACAAACAAAAAUGCCGAGAUGCUUGGAUAAAGAGCGAAGAAUUUAAAGCGUGGCUUCGCAGGGAUGACACGGACGACACAAGGGUCUAUUGCAGUUAUUGUAAAACCACAAUAACUGCAAAGCUGAGUGAUCUUCGUGCUCAUGCAAGUACAAAAAAACACACAAGUGCGUUGGGUGGCUUCCAACAAAAAAAUAAAAUUGAUUUUAGUAGCUUGCCUACAAAAACUUUGGAGCAGGAAGCAGCAUUAUGUCUAUUUGUUGCACAGCACACAGCUAUGGCACAAAUAGAUCAUUUGGGCAAUCUAUGCUCCAGUCAUUUUGAUAGUGCAACGGCCGGGCGAAUUAAGCUCCACCGCACAAAAUGCACCGGCAUCAUAAAAAAUGUUUUGGCGCGACAUUUUGACGAAGACUUGCGUAGCGAUAUAGGCGAUUCUAAGUUCAGCCUUUUACUUGAUGAAUCAACGGACAUUAGCGUUACAAAAGUUUUAGGCUCCAUUGAAAAUACCUAAAGUGAGCGACACCCGGUGGCUAUCCAUUGAGUUGGCUGUCUCACGCAUUUUGGCGCAAUGGGACGAACUUAAAUUGCAUUUUCAAUUGGCAGCGACAAAAGAAAAAUGCUUUAAAUCACAAAUUCUUUAUGAAUUGUAUAAUGACCAAAUAAAUCAAUUAUAUUUAAUUUUUUUAAACCCAAUUCUGUCGGACAUGCAGAAAGUUAAUAAGUGCUUUCAAAGCAAUAAAGCAAAUGCCACAGAAUUGCUAAACGAUUUAAUGUUUGCAAUUAAGUCGCUGCAAAAUUUAAUUAUUCCACCUAACAAGGAAAUUGAUGUUUUGGAAACUGACAGCUUUGAAGAACACGCAAAAUCCGAUAUGUAUCAAGGCUAUGACUUUGAAAAGAAAAUCAAAUCCUUGAAUAUCGAUGCAGGCCUUGAAAAAGAAAUUCGUGCUCGCUGCUCUUAUUUUGUAAUUGAACUUAUCAAGCAGCUAAAGCAGAGGCUCCCCGACAAUUUUCGAAUUUUGAAAAACAUUAACGUUUUUUCCGUUGACCAAAUUCUGUCAACUAAAAAAAAAGGAAUUACAGAACUUUUAGAACACCUCCAAGUAGACAAAAUAGCAGACAUUGAGCGUCAGUACAAUGAUAUAAAUCUUAUUAAGUGGGAAAACGUCAAUGACAGCACAAAAUUUUGGAAUGAGGUCUCUCAGUACAAGGAUUCUGGUGGCAACCGCAGAUUCCUUGACUUGGCAGCUGUUGCCCUGCAAAUGUUGUCUUUGCCAUGGUCCAACGCGGAUGUUGAACGCCUAUUUAGCCAGCUUAACUUGGUAAAGUCCAAGUUAAGGAAUUCAAUGAGCCUAAGCACGAUAAACAGUAUUCUUAGCAUAAGAUAUGGUUUGCAAAGACUAGGCAAAUGCUGCUAUGACUAUAAAGUCCCUCCGAAUUAUCUGCGCAUGAUAGGUACUAACCUGUCAUACGAUUCCGAAACCGAUGCUAGUCGCGAAGAACUAGAUAACAUUCUAAAAAUCUUAUAAAUUUCAAAAUAAAAUAAUCAAAAAAUGUAAUAAAAUAA